UGAGGAAGCGUUUUAUACAUAUAUAAGAGCGAUUGGAGCCAUAGCAACGUGUCUCUCUUUCAGAGGAUCUAUCAAGUUUCUUAAAUUUUCUCUCCCUCCCCAUCCCUUUUAUAGAAAAAAAGACAAUGGUUGACAACAUAACUUCUUACUCAAACUCAGGAAGACUACUUGCCAACCAUAACCCUAACGCUACCUCAUCUUCUCAGCAACACCAUGAAAACUACUGCCACAAGAUCCACCAUCAAUCUAGCAACAUCGAGCACGAAGAUUACGCGAAUCACGAGCUCGAAGAUCAAGCAUCAGCAGCAAUCAAGGAGCAAGAUCGCUUGCUUCCUAUCGCUAACGUUGGUAGAAUCAUGAAGCAAAUCUUACCCUCAAACGCGAAAAUCUCCAAGGAAGCGAAGGAAACCAUGCAAGAAUGCGUAUCCGAGUUUAUAAGCUUCGUGACAGGUGAAGCUUCUGAUAAAUGCCACAAGGAGAAGCGCAAAACCGUCAACGGCGAUGAUAUUUGUUGGGCACUUUCUUCUCUAGGAUUUGAUGACUAUGCUGACCCUUUGAAGAGGUAUCUCCAUCGUUACCGCGAAUUCGAAGGAGAAAGAGUUGCUAACCACAACAAGGAAAGAGAGAAUAAUAGCCAUGGUUGAUCAACAACAUAAACUUAAAAAGUUUCUAGCUAUAGCUGGGUAAUAUUUUUUUUCUUUUACUUUUUAUUUUGCUUUUUCCUAUGCUUACAUAGUUUUAUAUUAUGAAAUUUAGAGCAGGUAAUUUUGUGAACCAAAAUUGUAAUAGACAAGUUUAGUACUAGUCUACUAGAUCUUUAAUUUGCUAUUGAUUAAAACGGUAGUAAUUUGACGUCGCUCGGGGCUCGGGCUACAAGAUUACACCCAUUAUAGGGAAUUCACAACUUCAUGGCGAUCUUCUAUAUGCUUGGUUUGUGUGUGUUUUUUAGGUUGCUGAUUCUAAAUAUAUUAUUCUUAUGCCCUCUUAUUUUAUA